CUGAAUCGAUUCAAUUCCCUUUCCACGUUGACUCUUCAGACCCAAACCAAAGAAAUAAUCUUGUUCUGAAGCUGCAUUUUCAUUCUUUCCCACUUGAAAAUCCCAGUUAGGUGAGGCUUCUGCAAUUGGGUUUACUGGUAGCUUUAGCCUCUGGACUAGUAGCCAUGGUCAUCUGCAUCACCGGAGUCACCACUCUAUAUGAAAGUAAUGGUAUAUUGGAUGAGGAUGGGGAAGCAUUGCAGUCGCUGCAGAGCGGCUUCCAGAAGUGUAGUGCAAAUUGAUUGGGCUUACAGGCUGCGAGUGGAAAAGAUUAUUGUCAAGUAACAAUUAACUUUCCUAGUGAUACUGUGCCCAAAUGGAGAAAUCUGAAAACCGGAGAACUUGAACGCUUAUCAUUUGAAUUUAAUCUUUGUGAAGUGGUGGCCACGUGGGAACAGGUUUGGAAUAGUACCACAAUACUCACCACCAGGGAGUUCAUUGAUGCUUUACCAAAUGGCUGGAAGGAGUAUGCAUGGUGUAGGAUUAAUAAGGGAAUAAAUCUCAACCAUUGUCAAAAUAAAACCAUUUGCAUGGAGAAGCUUUCACUGGUUCUCCCUGAAACACCACCAUAUUUUCCAUGGCAGUUUGUUCGGUGUGCUGUUAUCGGCAACUUGGGAGAUCUUUUAAAAACAAGGUUUGGGAAGGAGAUAGAUGCUUACAACGUUGUUAUUAGAGAGAGUGGUGCUCCAAUCCAGAAUUAUGUGGAGUAUGUGGGCAAGAAAAGCACAUUGUGGCUUUUAAACAGGGGAUCUGCAAAAGCUCUUGAUAAAGUUGUAGAGUUAGAUGAAGAGAGGUGGGAAGUUUUAAUAGUCAAAACAACAAUUCAUGACAUUAUGAACAAGAUGAUUUCGGGAAGUUCCAAUUAACAACCCUGUAUAUCUCACUUUAGGUGCAUCCUUUGGUUCAGCUGCAAAAGGAACUGGACUCAAGGCUCUUGAAUUUGCUCUCUCUGUGUGUGAUUCAGUUGAAAUGUAUGGUUUCACUGUGGACCACAGUUAUAAAGAAUGGUAUUUGUGUCAACUUUCAAACUGAUUUUUAUCUCCAUCUUCACAAGUCAAUGAUGUCCAGCUGAUGAAGUAACUUUUUCUCUGUUAUCUCAAGACCAGAUAUUUCUGAGAAUCCUGCAAAGGUCACACUCCUUUGCAUGGCAGGGCUUCUGCCCUUCCUUCCUAUCCAUUCUGGAACCUGGAUUUAAUUAAAGUUCUGUUACAGAAUAAUAGGAAAAGCUCCUAUUUCUGUGACUGCUAGUAAGGAAAGAUAUGCGUACUAAUGCUUAUAUUUUAUAAGCGUAUUAUAAAUAGUUUUGCUGUGGUUGUCUUUAUUGACAUUUUCCUUUUUCUUGUCAUUUUAAGCUGAUAAAAAUUCAUUCUCCUUUGCAACCUGAUCGAAACCAAGUAGUGAAGUUUGUACUGAAUCAUGACACCAUCAGGGCUGCGAGAAUUGUAUCAGAGAAAUUGUUGAGGAGGGUUGGAGCUGAAUCCGCAGAUCCACUUGCUGCUUGCUCUAUAAAAGAGAAACAGGUUAAAAGGAAUCCUACGGUUGUUUCAAGUCUCAGAACAGCUGCUGUUGAUCAUCUAAAAUUUGUUAAAGAUGCUACCCUGUAUCCUCUGGAUCACAGUCCUGGACAUGGUCAGCUUUGCAUGGUACCAGCGGAUUGAAUCCCAUGAUGACGCAAUAUGAAAGAUGAACAAGUAGAGACCACUUAAAGUUUCUCAACAUUGGCCACACAUUGCAUGAACAUUAAAUUUUAGAGGUGCAAUGGGGAAGAGACUGUAUCCUUUUUUGGGGAAAGUGGAGGAAUGUUAUGUUGGAAACGGAUGUUUCUCUCAUCCAGUACUGUUGAUUCACCUCUGCUUGCAUUGGUGUAAGGUAUUUGCACUAUCAAUUUAAAUAUUUUA